AUGGCAAAACUUGACCCAUUUCAUAUGAUGAUUGUCUCACAAUAUUUUACUGGUAUUUCUGAUUUUAAAAAUCUUGAAAAUGUUCACCCGAAAUACAAAGGAAACAUGUUAAAGUUCCACUUUAACCCAAUACCACUCACUCCUGAAAUUCUUCCUUUAUUCCCAAAUGUCGAGACUUUAAACGUCUGGAGUCUUUUCGAUUAUUUUUAUAAUUUUUACGACUUAGUUAAAGAUUCGCUUCAUCCAGAUAUUAUAAAGAUAAAGGCUCAGAAAAAUACACGAAAGAAUUUUAAUUCUAUAAAAUGCGAAUUUGUGCAUUUAAAUAUCUGGUAUGAAGUCUCUUAUAGUCGUUCCUUGAUUACAGAAAAUGGGAAAAUUUCAUAUAAGAAUAUUAGUUUGUUAGAAGAUGAACGUAAAAGGUAUGGUCACAUAAUUCCUCUAAACGUGAAUAGUCUCGGGGAUUAUUGUUUCUAUUGCGACAAAACGUUAAGUGAAAUUAAAAUACCAAAUAGUGUGACAAGACUCAAUUAUGAGUGCUUCUAUCUGUGCACCAGUCUGACCAAAGUUGUUCUUCCAAAAACUUUAAAAGAGAUUCAAGGACUUUGUUUUGAUGGUUGUAAAUCGUUGAGAGAAAUAAAAAUACCAGAAAAUGUUAAUAUAAUAGGAUGUAGAGCUUUUUUUAAUUGUGAAAGAAUCUCAAAAGUGGAAAUACCUGGAAGUGUUAAAGUACUAAGAGACUACACUUUCGCCAAUUGUGAAUCACUCAGAGAAGUGGUUUUACACAAAGGAACGGUAUAUAUUAGCGAUAAUGUAUUUGUAAAAUGUCGUUUAAAUACUAUUGUCAUACCAAAAAGUGUCACACAUUUGGAAAACACUGCAUUUGAUGAAAAUGUAUUGAUUAUCAGAAAUUGA